AGACUUUACAAAGAUAUGUUAUUAUACUCAAAAACAUUGAAGUUCACGGACGUUUUAUACUACAAAAGAAGAGUUUCCAGUGAGUUUAAACGUAAUAAAUCUUUGGAUAAACCUGAAGACGUCAAUUACGCAUAUAAGAAAGGAGCAGCUCUACUACAACGAGGAUCCGUCGUUUAAAAAUGCUGUGCAUACAAUCUCUCUCUAAAAUACAAAGAAGUAUAAUACAAAUUCUAAACACACAUGUAGCAUUAAAACAUACAAUAGAUUAUUCCAGACUGCCUAAAAUUAAUGAGUGUGAUUUAACUGAGCAGUUUAUAAGAGGCAGUGGUCCUGGAGGCUCAGCAGUGAAUAAAAAUUCUAACUGUGUAGUUCUUACACAUAUUCCCACAGGUACAGUCAUUAAAUGCCACAUCAGUAGAUCCCAAGACGAAAAUAGGAAAUUGGCAAGGGAAAUGUUAAAAACAAAAUUAGAUAAAAUGCUCAAUGGAGAAAACAGUGUGACAGCGCAAAUGAGGAGAAUAGAAGAACAGAAGUACAAAAAGUAUGAUUAUAAAAAGAAGAAGAGAGCACAGCUUAAAGAAGAAUGGAAGAAGCGUGAAGGAUUAGAAUAGUAUUGUGUUUGAGUUAUAGUACAAUAUAUUUUAGUAAUUGUU